AUGGUGGUUGCUCUAGUCCUAAUCACCGAUGUCAUUAGACAGAACGGGAUCGGUUAUAUCAGUGAGCAACCCGAGCGGUUGAUGAAUUCCGGGACAACUGUGCAUGUGCCUGUGCCCACAGAAAUGCAGCAUGCGGAAAGUGCUGUCCGUUUGAUUCGGACCAAGCAUGAAUUGGACGCAACAAUCCAUACGACGAUUCGCAAAUUGAUUGUAAUCUUUUUCUACAAUAAAUUUUGUACGCUGUGCAACACAAUUCAAGUGCAAUACGAAUCCAUGGCGAAAAAAUUUGAUCGAGCCAUGUUUCUUAAGGUUGACAUGGAUGUGAACGCGGAAUCUGGCGAACCGUUCUCCAUAACAUCGACUCCGGCAUUCGCAUUCAUCAAAGAUCAGUCCGUGCUAGCCGUGUUCCCCGGUCCCGAUGAGGUGCGGCUCCGAGAAACCAUCAGACGUUACAUCUAA